AUGGACCAACUGAAGCUGCGUUUGAAGGGCCCUGGCAAGGGAACAUCUACGCCCCAUCAUCACGUACAGUUCGACCAAGAUCAGUCAUCACUAUUCGAGACCGUCAUCCAGCAAGUUACCCUCGACUCGUGGUCCUCCGCGGGAAUGGAACGAAUGUUGUUUUCGAUUUCGGUAUAG